CGGUUUCUUAGUCUAGAUUGUUGCAGCCGAUGCCAUCUGGCGAUUAGUUUCUUUUAAACCGGCCAGUCGGAACAGGCAAGUUUUUCAAACGAUGCCUCGCAUCAAGCAGGAGAGCGGCAGAGUCCGGUCCAUCACAACGCCGGACUCGAUUCCGGAUGUCCAAUCUGAAACGCCUAGCGAGCGAGAUCAGAGGCUCCGUCUCAUUCGUUCGGCAGCGCCAAGCAUCGACACCCGAAUUCGACCCCCGACCGCUUCCGGCCCGCCCCAGUUCGAGGAAGACGAGGGCGACGACUUGAUCAUGAUGCAAGUUCGACACAACCCUAAAGCUGAGCACGACAUUAUCAUGGGUUCACAGAGUAUUCAAGGCUCCUUUGUCGGAGCCAACCGAGCACUUCGCGGCAUUGGCCAGAAACUAAAAGACAUCAACGAUGCCCUCGGCGAGCUGCAAGCCCGCGGCAUCCAGCACGUCGCCAACCUCCCGGAGCUGGUUCUCGUGGGCGACCAAUCCUCCGGGAAAUCAAGUCUGAUGUCCGCCAUUGCCGGUCUCAGUCUGCCCCGGAGCACCGGAACCUGCACACGCUGCCCCAUCCACAUUCGUGUCUCUCGCGCGGACGAAUGGUCCUGCCGUGUUUUCCUGAAAAAUGACUACGAGUUUUGUCCGCCCAACCAUCCCCUUACGGAGCGGGAUGUCACUUCGACAAACAAGUUCCCUCCCUGGGUGAAACUCGACCCCAGCCGCCAGGCGCGGCGCGAGUUCAAAACGGUGCGAGACCAGCUCGACUCGGAGGAAAUCGAGACUGUUCUCCGCUGUGCACAAGUGGCCAUACUGAACCCGUCGACUCACUACCAGUUCUUCAUCCCAAAGUCAAGGGGUGAGGUCCCUGAUAGCACCCGGGAACAGCAUCUGGAACAAGUCAGGAAGAAAGAGGAAAGGGCCGAGGCCCAGUUCUCGCCUAAUACCGUCGCCCUAGAGGUCAAAGGCCCCGAUCUCGCGGAUCUCAAUUUUUACGACCUGCCUGGUGUCUUCAUGACAGCGAGGCGUGCUGAGGACAGCUUCCUGGAGCGUGUAGUGCAGAACCUGACCCGCGAGUACAUCUCCCGCCAGAGCGCCAUCAUCCUGUGCGCGGUUCCCAUGAAUCAGGAUCCAGAAAACUCCUUCGCGCUGAAAAUCAUCAAGGCCCAACGGGCCCACAACCGGUGUAUCGGCGUUAUGACCAAGGCCGACCUGCUGUCGAGCGAGCACGGUGCCGCCUCGAGAUGGCUCGCCAUGCUCAACGGCGAAGCCCACCAAACCGGUUUUGGAUACUUCAUCACUUCCCGCCAGGGUAGCGACCUGGAGGAGCAAAACAAGAUGGAGGAGGCCUUCUUCAAUCGUACCGCAGACGCUACAGGCCAUUGGCCCGAAGAAUUCGACGACUUCAAGGAGAAGUGCGGUGUGGAGAAGCUCAAGGCAUUCCUCUCCAGGAAACUGGGAGAGGAGUUUGCCAAGAUCCUCCCGGAAGUGAAACACAAGGUUGAGAGUCGUCUCCACGAUAUUGACAACCAGCUCAAGAAAUACCCCGAUCCUCCACCAAAUCCUGAGCUCGAGAUCGUCAAGAGCCUCGCAGAGUUUACCAACCGGGUCAAGGAACGGGUUACGAACCAGGACUUCAUGAGCACCUGGGACGCCCGCUUCGGCGAGCCGUUCAAGAAGUUCAUCAUCAACCUGAAGCCCAAAUUCAAUGUUAGGGACAACGCCAAGGCUUCUUCAAGGCCGAUCUACAUCGACUUGGACAGCGACAGCCCUUCCUCGUCUCCGACCGCGAGGAAACGCUCCGCUCCGUCGACGGACCCGGCCGGGGCCGGCGCCACUCCCAAGCGCCCGCGCGCCCAGAAUACCAACGGCGUCGUCAAGACCGAACCGCAGGACAGCCCUUUUUUCGCCUCGUCGACGACCCCCAGCCACGUGCGGAGCGGCACCCCCACGACGCCGUCUCGAGGCGCCCGGUCGAAGAGCCUGAUGGACAUCCGCAACCUUAUCAGGCGCGCGGCGAUCCCGGGGCAGCCCGGCCUCAUCUCGGCCACCGUCUACGAGCCGCUGUACAUCGAGGCGGCCAAGACGUGGGCCCCCCACCUCGAGUGGUUCAUCAACAGCACGUUCGCGUUCCUGCAGGCCGAGGUGUUCGCCAUCCUGGACGCCGCGUUCGCGCACCUCAAGAACCGGGCCGUGUACAAGGAGUCGCUCGAGCACAUGCGCGCCUUCAUCGAGGCGCACAAGGCCGAGCUGCGCGCGCAGCUGCUCUUCAUCUACAACCUCGAGUCGCAGCGGCUGUGCACCAAGGACGAGGAGACGCUCAAGCGGCACCAGGCGGCCGAGAUGAAGAUCCUGGUGCGCCACCGCAACCACUUCCGCAUCGCCGCCUUCAACGGCGAGGAGCUGCGUGCCGUCCCUAAGAUGGAGGACAUGACGGACGAGGAGCGGAAGCAGGAGGAACUAAAGAUGGCCAAGGAGCUCAAGAACCUGGGGCCGGACCCGUUCGAGCCCGAGCUCGCCGUGGCCGCCUACAUCCGCGGCUACUACCUGACGGCGGCGAACCGGUUCGUCGACUACGUCUCGAUCCACGUCAUGUCGGGCCUGCUGCCGCGCGUCGCCUCCGUCAUCGACACGUACCUGCACGAGAAGCUCGGCCUGACCGGCCGCGCCACCACGCAGGAGGUGCUGCAGCGGCUCAUGUCCGAGGGCCCCGAGAUCGAGCAGAAGCGGCGGGACCUCCGGGCCGAGAAGGAGACGCUCGACGGCGCCAUGGACAUCAUUGUCAACCUGGAGCGUCGUGAGCGCGAUCAGGCUGCCGCGGCGGCCGCCGCGUCGCCCUCACAGUUCGGCAGCGGCUUUGACGCAUCGCAGGCGGACGGCGUUUUCGAGGUCGGGCAUGCAAAUGGCGUUGCCGGCGACCGGGGGACCAUCUAUUCGGGCACCGCGUUCGGCGAUGCCUGACGGCACCUUGUUAUCGCCGAUGUGGCGGAAUAUCACACUGCGGCUUUGGUGUUGUAUUAAUUACUUCCUUCUUGUUCUUCUUUCUGUUUGUAUUUCUUAUUAUGGUCGGCUCCAACACAUGUUAUAGAUGGCGUACGAUACCACGGCGAUGGUCGAACGUCUGAUUAUCAGACCCUAAUUACUCGUUUCCGUUCACUGUUAGUCUUCGGAAUGUCUGGGAGGAGGGUACCUGUAUAAGGCUGCCGCAUCUUGUAAGCACGCGGCUUGGGGAUCUCGUGUUCCAGUAGGCUAGGGCCUGGACCGCAUACGGAUUAUAUUCCGGAAUAGAAGUGAAGCCAGUGACGUACGUAAUUUGCAGGGGCUUACAACGGCUCAGUAUGGAUCUUAGCUUUGGCUCUGGCUCUUACAUAGUAAUCCUAACAAGAACAAAUUCC